UAGAGAGAGAUUCUUUGAAAAUCUCGUCAUUUUGAUUUCUUCUUCUUCAAUGGAGACGACGGUUUUCUUGAGAAUUGACCAGCAGCUGCAUGGAUAUGCUGGGGCUGUGAAUACCACUUUCGAAUCUUCAAAGCAGAGCAGUUACUUUCUCUUGCACAAGAGCAUCCGCGGUGCCAGUUUCAGAUGCUCCAGUUCCAGUCCUUCCAAUCGUUUUGCUCGAUCGGUUCAGGCUUCUUCAAUGUCGAUCCCAUUGCCUAAAGAAAGGAUUGAUGAGACUCAGAGCUACACUCUAGAGGGUAUAAGAAAUUGUUUGGUUAGACAAGAGGACAGUAUAAUGUUUGGUCUCUUAGAAAGAGCUCAAUAUCGUCUUAAUCCAGAGACAUAUGAAUCUGAUGUUUUUGACAUGGAUGGCUUCAAGGGUUCUUUGGUUGAGUUUAUGGUGAAAGAAACUGAAAAGCUUCAUGCUGGAGUUGGAAGAUACAAGUCCCCUGAUGAACAUCCUUUUUUCCCAGAUGACCUGCCUUACCCAAUACUUCCUCCUCUGAAAUAUCCCCAGGUUCUUCAUCCAGUUUCGGAUUCAAUCAACAUUAAUAAGAAAGUGUGGGAUAUGUACUUUAGAAAUCUUCUUCCAAGAUUAGUUCAGAAAGGAAGUGAUGGUAAUUAUGGAUCAGCUGCUGUUUGUGAUACAAUUUGCCUUCAGGCACUUUCGAAAAGAAUUCAUUAUGGGAAAUUUGUUGCAGAGGCAAAAUUUCUGGAGUCGCCAGAAGCUUACGAGACAUUAAUUAGAGAACAGGACAGGACAGGGUUGAUGGAUUUGCUGACAUAUCCUGUUGUGGAGGAAGCUGUAAAGAACAGGGUGGAGAUGAAAGCGAAAGCUUAUGGUCAAGAAGUGAUUGGAGUGGCUAUUGAAGAAGAGACAGAUCCGGCCUACAAAAUUAUACCUAGCUUAAUUGCUCAUCUGUUUGGAGAAUGGAUCAUGCCCUUGACUAAGGAAGUUCAAGUUCAGUAUUUGCUUAGAAGGUUGGACUGAAAAGGAGGAAGUGAGUACUUUAUUAGAUACACAAUCAGUUGUUGUUUCUUUGUUUCAUACAUGACCUUAUAUCUUUCUUUCUUCUUUGUUUGAUAAUUUGGGAUCUUAUCUUUCAAUGUUUGAAGAAUUGCUAAACAAACACCUAAUGCUUGAAUUUCCUACUCUUUCUUGGGAUUUU